AUGUUAUAUAAAAGAAAUUGUCAUUCUUUAUUAAAUAGAAAACCUUUUAAAAAACUUACUAAUAAUGAUGUAAGUUAUUUUAAAAGUAUUGUAGGUAACAGUUAUGUAAAAGAAGAUGACAUUGAAUCUUACAAUGAAGAUUGGAUGAAAUGGUACAAAGGAAAUUCAAAAUGUGUCCUAUUUCCUAAUUCAUUAGAAGAAAUUUCUGAUAUUGUAAAAUAUUGUUACAAAGAAAAUAUUGCUAUUGUUCCUCAAAGUGGUAAUACUGGACUUGUUGGAGGCAGUAUACCUGUUUUCGAUGAAAUUAUUUUAUCACUUAAGCGAAUGAGAAAUAAUUUUUCUUUUGAUCCAUCUUCAGGAAUUGUUCAAUGUGAUGCUGGAUUUAUUCUUGAAGAAAUAAAUGAAAAACUUAUGAAUCAUGGAUACAUGAUGCCCAUAGAUUUAGGAGCAAAAGGAUCAUGUUUUAUAGGUGGUAAUGUAGCAACAUGUGCUGGUGGUAUCCAAUUAAUUAAGUAUGGAAAUAUUCAUGCAAAUAUACUUGGAUUAGAUGCAAUUAUUGCUGAUGAGAAAGGUUCAAUUUUAAGAAUGGGUAGUUCGUUACGCAAAGAUAAUACAGAUUUACAUUUAACUCAUUUAUUUGUUGGCUCUGAAGGACAUUUAGGUAUUAUUGGAAAUGUUAAAAUGCUUGCUGUACCAUGUCCUAAGGGUAUAUCAACAUCGUUAUUGGCAAUGAAAACAUUUGAUGAUUGUAAAAAAGUUCUUCAUCUAGCUAAAUCUCAAUUAUGUGAAAAUUUAUCAAGUUUUGAAUUUUUAGAUCAUGAUAUACUUCAAUGUAUUAAACAAUUUUCAAAUGUACCAAUACCAUUUGAAAAAAUUCCUCAAUUUGCAUUAGUUAUUGAAUGUUCAGGUUCUGAUGAAGAAAUUUGUUCAAAAAAAAUGGAAAAUUUUUUGUCAUUUUGUUAUGAUGAAAAUCUUGUUGAUGAUGGUAUUGUAACUAAUGGAUUUAAUGAAUCAAAAGGUAUAUGGAAUAUACGUGAAGGUGCUCCACUUUCUGUUGGAAAAGAAGGAUAUGUAUAUAAAUAUGACAUGUCUUUACCGAUUGAACACUUUUAUAUGUUAAAUAAUGAAAUAAAAAAUCUUCUUCAAAAAGACAAAGAAAAACUGGGAAUUUUAAGAAUUUGUAGUUAUGGACAUUUAGGUGAUGGAAAUAUUCAUUUCAAUUUAAUAUCAAAACAACCUACAAAUGACAUUUAUAAUAUUGUUCAUCCAUAUAUAUAUAAUUGGGUUGUAAAUCAUAACGGUAGCAUUUCAGCAGAACAUGGAAUUGGACAAUUAAAACGAAAUUACAUGUCAAUUGGAAAAGAUACUACACAAACUGCUAUCAGUAGAUCAAUAAAAAAAUUAUUUGACCCAAAAGGAAUACUUAAUCCAUACAAAUUUGUUAAUUAA